AUGCCAAUAACGCAUCAGAACGCGGUUGAUGCGCUGAAAAAAUGUGUCUCCGGAUUCAUAAUAGGAACUUUGCUCGCCGCAGGCUUUUAUCAUGGAAUCCUCGUCGACCUCGGCAUCAGCCACGAAGUCUUGCAGCCGUAUGGAAUCUCACUGGGAGUGAUUUUCGGCGUCGCUUGUGCACUUUCAGAGAGGGUGCAGUGCGUGGGCCUCAUCUGCGCAACGCUGUUCUGCUCUAGAAACGGGCGGCGGACUUUGCAAGCUAUGCUUUUUGCUCUUCUCAUCACAGGACCUGGUAACAACAUGAUUUCCAAUACCAAAGAAGCAGUGAGAACCUUCGGAUGCGCUGCAGAGCUGGCUUUCAACAUCAGCAAAGACUACGCUUAUCUCACAGUGACGCCCUUCACCACGGCCAUCCUGCAGAUGGACCACCAGAAGAGUGCCGAUUCCGUUGCCCACGCCGUAUCCUCAGUUCAUAGGCAAAUCGCGCCCAUCACAGAAGCCGUUGACAUACCUCUGGAUGAUAAUUUUUCUAUUCCUGAUGACGAGGAUGACGAAUAUGUGGAAAAAGUUAUGUCCGUCCACAAAAAGUACAAAAUCGAUCCGGAUGUGGACACUGAUGGUGAAAUCAUAGAGAAGAAUUUUAUGAAAAAGGUGGAGCUGAAGUGUGUAAACGCCAUCAAGAACAGCAGUCUCAACUGCAAGCAAAUCUUUGAGAACAAGUAUGACGAGUGCGUGGAAAAGGUGUCACCUUUGGUUUCCUGGCUGAUGUGCUGGCCAAUGAAAGUUGACUACGUCUGCGACCUGCCGUGGCUGGUGGUCGGGAAGGCGCCCUGCGACGCGAGCACAAACAUCAAUCGCGGCUACGGCUCGGCGUUCAACGCCCUCAAAAGCUCUGAUCUGAAAACCACCCUGGGGAAGGCCAAGUUCAGGUACAAGUUGCCCGACCCUGAUUUGCGAGAGGAGGUGCACGACGUGACCUCGUCAGCCAAGACCAUCGAGGCCGAAGUUAAAGCAAAGGCCGAGGGCGCCGAGGUGCUGCUCGGUCUGCUGUCCAAGGCAGUCGCCCUGAUGUUCCUGCCAACCAUCCUUGAGUCUGUCAAGUACGUCAACAACUACCUGCACCGCCCAAGUUAUGACAACGUUUUUAUCACCAAAGAUUUUGAGGCUUUGGAUCUUAAAAGGGCAAGCAAGGGUCACGAGCCCGUUCUGAUGCCCUUGCGAAGGAUGGAAAAACGAAACCUGGUCCUCACCUCCACACCCCUGCCAAACGGACCUGAAACUAAACACUACCUUGCGCCCUAUUUUCGGAUAGUUUUGCUGUUAUUCAUCGUCCUGGUUGUUUUGUCCACUGACUACCUCUACUUCCGGACCCUUCAGGUUGUGGCCACCCACGGAAGGUUCGACAUGACCCUGACAGGAAAUCACACCAUUCACAUCAAGGUGACCGGCUCUGGGUUUGUGGCCAAGCUGGUGCGGUCAUUGACCAAGAAUUUCAACAACGACGCCUUCGUCAAUCACACCCUGAGCAACGAGCACUGCCUGCCACAUCCGAACAGCCUGCAGACCUACUACUAUGUCAAAAUUUUAGCACUGUUCCUUUUGAUGGUUUUGUUCGUCGUCGCAGACCACUUGCCCAAGAGGGCCAGGAAACUGAUCUGCGCGUGGUACUAUCCGAAAAGAGAGAAGCAGCGAAUUGUGUUUUUGUACAACAAGCUGCUCAAGGCCAGGCUGCAGUGGAGGGAUAUUGCAAGUCGGAGGGUGGACACCAGCUUGGAACAGUUGCGGUCAGAAGAAAAGUUAAACAAGACUAAUAUGAAAGUUUUGAACUUUUUCAAGUCAAUCAGAGUGAAAUUUUGGAACGUGCGGCGGUGCAUUCUGUGCAGUACAGAAGAAGUUCGUGGAGAAAAGUUUGUAAGCUGCGUUUUCCUGGGCAACCGAUCUUUUGUGGAUGAUCUGCCAUAA